CUGUCUGCCUUCACCUGGUUUGGUCUGCCUCUACCUUGCUGCUUCCUUCACCUUCACCUUCACCUUCACCUUCCGAGUCUUUUUCUCUUGAUCCUCAAACUCCAAAAAAUGCACAAAAAAAAGGCAUCUUUUCGGCUUCGGGAUCCAGCCUACCUGCGUCCCCCUCCUCUUCCUCCUCCUGAAGCUACCUUGCCUUCGGUACCCGAACGGCGGGAUCUCGAACUUAAGCGGGUCGGGUCACUAUACCUACCGUCUUACCUCACUACCUACCUACACCGCACCGCACCGCACCGCACCGUACAUCCUGCCAGGCACCACCGCACCGUGCCUCUAGAGCACCUCGAGAAAAAAAAAAAGACACAGAGAAGCGCCUGCUUUCCAACCAUUGAAACACGGCUGCAUCGCAACGCUCCUUCACACGCUCUUCAUCAAGUCUUGAUCGUCUCCUCCGCGAUACUUCUUCAACUCGACUCGACUCCUCUUCUCUCCUUGACUUCCUUACUCUCGUCACUCUCGCUUGGUCAGCUUCGGGCCAGUGCUAGCAGACCCCUCCCUCUACCACCCCAGCAAUUCAUUGCAUGCUUUACUUUACCUCUCUCGUUCUGUCUAGUACUCUGCACAUCCACAUCCACUGCACCCACACACACACCACACACACAUCUGACCUUCGUUGCGGACACACGAGGCCACCGGCAUCCUGGCUUCGGCGGAUCUGACUUGAUCUUUACCUUCUUUUUUUCGCCUGCCGUUCUUCGGUCGGCAUGCCUCAAAAAAGCCAGUCACUCAUGUCUCCCAGAAUUACUAGAUCUUCUGCCCGGCAAGCGGCGAGUCUCGCGGCUUCAUCGACACAAUCCGCUGCAAGCGCCGAUCCCGCAGCCACCGCCCCUGCACCACAGAGCUCCAGCCCUCCGAACCCUCCCACCUCAGCCUCGCGGAAACGAAAGGCUUCAACACAAGCUACCAGCCCUACUCCUGGAGCACAGCCGUCUGCAUCAGCUUCCUCCAGGCGAUCAAAGCGUCAAAAGGUAGUCGACGCUGUUCCACCGCCUCAGCUCCCUACACAACCACCUGCCCCGCCUCGCUCCAAGAAAAAGGGCAAAUCUACCGCCGCCAUGUCGAGCCCAGAGUAAGCAAUCCCACUACCUGAACUUGGAGCUUGAGAACCUUCAAAGCUGAC